CUCAAAUGUGUUGCAGUUUGUCACAUUGUGCUUUUUAGCUGCGUCUCUGCCAUUAUUACUCGUUAAUGCAAAAACAAAAACUCCCGCGAGGCAUUUGAUCGCAGUUUGACACAGUUCAACAACGUCUUCUUGACAGAACUCACGAGCUACAGAGACGAUGGAGUUAGUUUUUCUGCUCGUCUUCUUUCCUGUCACACAUUCAGUGAAACACUCCCUGACAUUUUUCAUCACUGAAUCCUCUGGACUCCAAACCUUCCCAGAGUUUGUGGUUUUCUCAGAGAUGGAUGGAGUGCAUCUGUCUUACUGUGACAGUAACAAAAAGAAACCUGACCUCAGACAGGUCUGGGUCAAAAAAUUAGUAGAAGAUGAUCCUGAAUCCUUUAUAUGGUUCACUCAGGGCUGUGCUGUUUACCAGCGGAGGCUGAAAUUCGAAAGUGACAGUUUGAAGCAGCAUGUAAACCAAACUGGAGGUCAACACAUUUUCCAGUGGAUGCUUGGCUGUGAAUGGGAUGAAGAGACUGGAGAGGUUGAUGGUUAUAGAAACAGCAGCUGUGAUGGAGAAGACUUCAUAACAUUUGACCUGAAGACAGAGACAUGGAUCAUUUUAACACCACAAGCUCUCAUCACUAAAACAGAGUGGGACAGAAAUCAAAUGUACAACAGAUUAUUGAAGGAUUAUCUCACCAUAACCUGCCCAGACUGGCUGAAGAAGGUGGUGAACUAUGGGAGGAGCUCUCUGCAGAAAACAGAGCUUCCCUCAGUGUCUCUCCUCCAGAAGACUCCCUCCUCUCCAGUCAGCUGCCACGCUACAGGUUUCUACCCUGACAGAGCCAUGAUGUUCUGGAGGAAAGAUGGAGAGGAGCUUCAUGAGGACGUGGACCGAGGAGAGAUCCUCCCCAACCAUGAUGGAACCUUCCAGAUGAGAGCUGACCUGAACAUUUCAUCAGUCUCACCUGAAGACUGGAGGAGGUACGACUGUGUGUUUCAGCUCUCUGGAGUGAAGGAGGACAUCAUCACCAAACUGGACCAAGCAGAGAUCAGGACCAACUGGGGGAAAACUGGACUCAGAUCAGAUGUUCCUCCCUCAGAGUUUCCUGCUGCUGCUGUCAUUGGAGUUGUUGUAGGACUGCUGCUCCUGCUGCUCUGCAUCUCUGGACUCUUCAUCUGGAGAAGGAACAAUAAUGGCUUCAGACGUGCAAACACUUCAGACUCUUCACCUCCAGAUGCAUUCCUCUCACAGUGAGUUUUCAAGAAUGAACUGAUUAGACUUUGGAGGUCAAAGGUCAAAGGUCACUGUGACCUCACAAAACAUUUUUAUUGAGUGUAACAUCUCAGGAUCACCUUGAGGAAAUUCACUUGGAGUCCAGGUGUUAAUUCCAGUUUGGAUCAGUAACAGAUAUCUGCACUGCAGGAUUAAUAUUCACUGUAAACUCUUAAGUUUUAAUUAAAGGUUAUCAAAGAAGAUUAGAUGAGGGAAGUGAACUCCAGUGAAAUGAAUCUGGUAUUAAUUCAUUAAUUCACAGUGUAAUGUCCAUUUAUUGUGGUUAAAUCUCUGUAAUAAUGUAGAAAUGAUGUCUGAUCUGUGAAUUAGACCAAAGCACUUUUUUUAUUCCUCCAUGAGGUGACAGCUGUGACCGGAGGCAUUGUGUUUUCAGGUUGUCU